AUGGAAGGUACAGAACUGGGUGGCGACCAGCAAUUCUGUUUGAGAUGGAACAAUUUUCAAGCGAAUAUAACUUCUCAAUUCGAAGCACUGCGCGAUGAUGAGGACUUCGUGGAUGUCACCCUGGCAUGCGAAGGACACAGGCUGGAAGCCCACAAAGUGGUUCUCUCGGCGUGUAGUCCUUAUUUCAAGGAAUUAUUUAAAAAUAAUCCAUGUCCCCAUCCUAUAAUAUUCAUGCGGGACUGCGAGGUGUCGCAUGUACGUGCGCUGUUGCAGUUCAUGUAUGCAGGACAAGUAAAUAUUGCUCAGGCGCAGCUUAGCGCCUUCUUACGCACCGCGGAUGCGCUUCAAAUCCGCGGCCUCACUGAUUGCUCACAACACAACGAUAAAAAAGUCAAUCGAAAAUCCCCUCCUUCUCAAUUACGUAAUUUGCUCAGCGCCAAGCCGUCACAUUCUACCUCCUCCUCCAAAGCCGCAAACCAAAAUGUUGAAUCGACGUCUACUGAUGACCAUGAAAAGAGCGCUGGACGUCGUUCCGCGAGAAAUUCUCCCGAUGUUGCCAGAAAUAAUCUCAACGAAGAAGCUCCCUUUCAAACUUCUAGUCAAAUGAGGCCUAAUAAUAAUGACUAUAGCGAAUCCUGCACCUACCCUACAUUAAGAGUGAAAACUGAUCUCGAAGCACAAGAAGUAAAUAAUGAAGAACAUGAUAUAUUAAUGGAUUCCGGUGAUCCGGACAGAGUCGAAAAAUGUGAGCCAGAUUUCAGCGCAACGGACCUAUUAGAACCGAAAAUGGAAGUAAUGGAACAGGAAGUCAGUGAUGAAGAACGUUCCGGUUUCCAACAGGUUUAUUACAAUGAGAAUAAUGCGCUGGCUAAUCCCUUCGCGACAAUUCAAGGUAACGUGGAUCUCAUGGGUGGGCUGAACACGGAACUGCGGGAUGAGAACGCGGAAGCGAUUAGCGGGCGAUGGGACGGGCGUCGCAACCGACCGGUGCCGGACGCCGUGUGGCUGGAGCAGCACCGUCGAGCCCUGCCCUUCCUGCUCAAGCGAGAGAACGAGCGCGGCGGCGCCACGGCUCCUAGGCUUAUAAAGCUGGGCGAGGGCGUGGAGAUUCGCGAGGAGCUGCUGCGUGGAGUGAAAUGGGGAGACUAUAGGAAAGUGACGCGUGGGCUGGCGGCGGCGCUGUUCUCGCCCAUGGAGCUGGCGACGUGCUCGGUGACGGGGCAGCGCUGGUCGCGCGCGGGCCAGGAGGCGCGCCCCACCAAGCCGCCGCUGGACCGCCGCCGCGUGCACGCGCUCAUCUCCUACGUCAGCCGCCACUUCCCCGACGUCGAGGUCAGCCGCAUCAAGCAGGUGCUCGCCUACAAGUGCAAGGAGAACUGCGCCGCGCUUCGAAUGAGGACCGCCAGGCUUUCGAACUGUUUCAGUGAGUCGACCAACUACCUGCUGAGUGCGGCCGCGCGCCCGCCGCCCGGCGACGACGCGCCUGGCGCCAGCACCCGCUCCACAUAUUCCAAUUUUACGAGCGAGGCGUCGAAGAGCAGCGGAUCAGCAGGGGGUGGCGGUGGCGGUGGGGGCGGGGGUGGGGGGGCGAGCGGGGGGUGCGGGCGACGCGGUGGGCGGCGCGGAUGA